AUGAAAUUGCUUCACUUCACUAUCUUUCUCCAAGUUUCCCUGUUCUCAGCGAACAGCUUUGCGCAGGCGAGUGGAAACAACACCGAGCCUGAAGUCCAGCGGACUCUUCCUGGUACCGGGAUCGCCGCCGUCAACUCCGUUAAUUUACUACGGAUCUAUAGCCAAGAUUCAUCGGGCGGCAUUCGGGAAGCCAGAUUCGAAGGCUAUUGGAGCGGAGGCCUCGCCAAUGACACAGUUGCAAAGGCCAAGGUUUAUUCGUCAAUUGCUGCCGCCUCUGAUGAUCUCGAGCUAAUCCGCGUCUACUAUCUGUCGCCGAACAACACCCUUGGAGAAGCUGCAUCUGAUUCGCAAAGCGAGUGGUACACUGGCUCAAUUAACAGUUAUAAUUUUCAGGUUGCAUCCCAUUCACGGCUAGCUGCAGUAUUUGUUCCUAGCAGCCGAAGUCCACGAUUACGCGUAUAUGCCCAGCUAUGGGAUAACACUAUACAGGAGUUUGGAUUUGAUGUUGGUCGAGGAUGGCAACGUCUAGCCAACUUUGGACCUGCGCUACCAGGUACAGGUAUAGCUGCUCUGACGUAUAGCACAGGCUUACGAAAAUCAACCACUCGUGUCUAUUUCCAAGCCACAGACCGCCACGUUGUUGAAAGAGUCUAUGAGGGCCAAUCGUGGACUGACGGAGGUAUCGUUGUGCGAACGGCCAAGCCGCGCACCCCCCUAGCGGCCACCAGCUUCGUACUGACUCCUGGAAAUCCACAAAGUGUCAGGGUGUAUUAUGGCACCGAGGACAAUCGCAUUCUCGAAAAAGGAACUGAAGGGGGCAUUUCCUGGUAUGAUGGCGCAUUUGAGCAUUCAGCCAUCCCUGACUCCCAAGUGGCCGCCUUGGACUGGGGAAAUGGCGGCGUCUUCAACAUCAGACUUUACAUCCAGGAUGGGACGUUUAAAAACGGGAUAAGUGAAUGGGCUUGGUUCCGCCGUUCGUGGCGCCGAGGAAUCGUUGCAAUCCCGCCUGCAUAA